UAUUCAGCAACUAAAACAUCAACAAUAUGGCUUCCUUAAGCUCCCUAGUUCUGCUUCUUGCAGUUCUGGUUCUGUCCCCUCAAGGGCUUGCUAACUAUGACAAGCCCCCAGUAGAAAAACCUCCUGUCUACAAGCCUCCCAUUGAGACACCACCUGUUUACAAACCCCCGGUUGAGAAGCCACCGGUCUAUAAACCACCUGUAGAAAAACCACCGGUUUACAAGCCACCAGUGGAGAAGCCACCGGUGUACAAGCCCCCAGUAGAGAAACCACCGGUGUACAAACCCCCAGUUCAAAAACCACCAGUGUACAAACCCCCAGUUCAAAAACCACCGGUGUACAAGCCCCCAGUUCAAAAACCACCCGUGUACAAACCCCCAGUUGAGAAACCACCGGUUUACAAGCCCCCUGUGGAGAAGCCACCAGUGUACAAACCCCCAGUUCAAAAACCACCGGUGUACAAACCCCCAGUUCAAAAACCACCAGUUUACAAGCCACCAGUGUACAAGCCACCCGUGUACAAGCCACCAGUUGAAAAACCACCAGUGUACAAGCCCCCAGUAGAGAAGCCACCGGUGUACAAGCCUCCAGUUGAAAAACCACCGGUCUACAAGCCCCCGGUAGAGAAGCCACCAGUGUACAAGCCUCCGGUUGAAAAACCACCAGUGUACAAGCCACCUGUGGAGAAGCCACCGGUGUACAAACCCCCAGUUGAAAAACCACCAGUUUACAAGCCACCAGUUUACACGCCUCCGAUUGUAAAGCCACCGGUGUACACGCCACCGUACGGGAAGCCACCUCACCCAAAGUACCCUCCAAGCUCCAACUGAUGACAAACGAUUCUGCAGUAUGUUAAGAGUUGUAUCUGAAGUAUGUGAUAAAUAAAAGCUGUAAGCUCAGAGUGUGUAGCUUAGUUUACGAAUCAUGCCAAGGAUUACUCCUGCUGUCUUCGUUUAUUUUUAAUCAUUUGUUUACAGUGUUGUGGCCAAGAUAAGAGUGUCAUGGAUGCAUGAAUGUAAAACAGAGAAAAAAAUGUGUGAUCUUUUGUACUGAAAACUCUUAAUAAUAGAACUUUGUGAUUUUGAUAA